AUGUCGGUGGAGUGUCCAGUACCGGGGGAGCUUCCGGGCGACGAGGUAGUAGACAGCAGGACGGACGGGGGAAUAACGGCGGGGGGAGCGGACGGGAAAGACGGUGCGCGGAGCGCGACGGCGGGUAGCCGGAAGACGAGUCUGUCGUCGCGCGGCGCGCGCGCUCUGGUGCCGUUCUCGCCGUACAUCAAUGCGGUCAACAAGGCCAAGGAGGAGCCCUACUCGGAAAAAACGCCUGAUGGAUACUUUCUGGUCGCAUAUCUUGUCCUCUCCACCACCUAUGCCCCACACGAGCUGCAGAAAGUUGCCAAGGCAUAUCUUCUGAGCUGCAGGGAGGUCCUGUCGACGAUAGGGCUGUACGGCAACUUCAGUGGCGGGCAGCGGCUGAGGCAGGCCAUUGCCAACAUGAUGAGCUGCAGGGAGGUGCCAUCGACCAUCGGGCUGUACGGCAACUUCAGGGGAGGGCAGAGGCUGAGACAGGCCAUUGCCAACAUGAUGCAGCGCACGUUCAUGGGCGUGGAUGUGGACCCUCUUCACAUCUGCAUCUCCAGUGGGGUCACCGCAUCCUUUGCCACGUGCAGUGCAGCAGGCGAGGGCUGCUUCAUCCCCCCCCUCUUCUUCCCUCUCCACAAUCUCUCUCCCCCAUUCACCUCCUCCCCUUCCCCUCUCCCCCUUCUCUCCCUUCUCCCAACCACCAGCGUGUUGGAUCUGUUCUUCUUUGCCACGUGCAGUGCGGGAGAGGGCUGCUUCAUCCCCGCGCCCUACUUCCCUGCCUUUGACAACGACAUGAGCAUUCGGAACGAGGUGAUACCCAUCCCCAUCCAGCCGCGGGACACGCGCAGCUACAUCCCCACCACUGAGGAGAUGGAGGAGGCCUUCACCGCCGCACAGGCUAGGGGCAUUCGCCCGCGCGUGAUGCUGCUCACCAACCCCGGCAACCCCCUCGGCACGCUCUACCCUGAAGCCACCCUCAAGGAGCUACUGCUAUGGGCGAUCAACCACGAGCUACAUGUGCUGUCAGACGAGAUCUACGCCAACUCCAAGUUCGGUUCCCCCCCUUCCCCUCAUCCCCCCCUCCCUCGACUCCUCUACCCUCAUUCCCCCUUCCCCCGUUCCCCCCUCCCCUCUCUCCCGUUCCCCCCUCCCCCUCUCCACUGUUCCCCCCUCCCGCUCUCCUCCGUUCCCCUGGCUCCAGCUCCUCAGCAAUUGAGUUGGGGAGCAGGCAGUGGGGGAGGAGCGAGUGCACACGGAGUCCGCAGCUUUGGAGUUUGUGAGCAUAGAGAAGGUGGCGUGGCGGGCCAUCUGGUGGCGGAGGGGACGCUACCACAAGCGCUGGCAGUGGAGCGAGUUCACACGGCAUACGGCAUGGGUAAGGACUUUGGUCCCUUCUCACUCCCAUCUCCCUCCCUUACCCCCUGUUAUCACUCCUCUCUCUGCAGUUCCUCCGCCUCGGAGUUCGUGAGCAUAGAGAAGGUGGCGGGACACCUAGUGGCAGAAGGGAGGCUACCACAGGCGCUGGCAGAGGAGCGAGUGCACACGGCGUAUGGCAUGAGCAAGGACUUUGGCAUGAACGGGUUCCGCGUGGGGUGCCUGCACACCAAGAACAAGGACCUCUUGGCUUUCUGGCAGAACAUUGGCAUGUUCGCGGCUGUGUCAAACGACACACAGCACGCGCUGUCUGUGAUGCUGGAGGAUGACAAUUUCGUCGACUCCUACGUGUCCGAGAAUAAACGCUGCCUCAAGAUGUCAUACGACCUGCUGACAUCAGCGUUUGAGGCAGCGGGCAUGCAGUACCAGCCGCCAUGUGCAGCCAUGUUCUGCUGGCUUGACCUGCGCCUCAAGAUGUCAUACGACCUACUCACAUCAGCAUUCGAGGCAGCGGGCAUGCAGUACCAGCCGGCAUGUGCCGCCAUGUUCUGCUGGCUGGACCUGCGCGCCAUCCUCGCUCACCCCACCUUUGAGGCGGAGCGGCUGCUGUGGCGCGAGAUUCUCGACUCGUGCAAGAUUGUCAUCACACCAGGAGAGGCGUGUCACUAUGGCGAGCCGGGGUUCUUCCGCGUGUGCUACGCCGCCAUGCCGCCCGAACAGCUGUCCGUGGCAUGUGCCAGGCUGGCUGCCUUCUGGAAGAAAAAAGUGGCGGAGAGAGCAGUGAACGGGCAGGAGGAAAGCGGGCAGGGGGAAAACGGGCAGGGGGAAAAGGUGCAGGAGUUGACCGGGAAGGCAGAAAAUGGGCAGGGGGCAGAUGGGGAGCGAAGGGAUGGGGAGGGGAAGGAAGAGGCGGAGAAGGAAGGAGAGGGGGAAGGAGUGAAUGAGACUCAUGAGACGUCUCAAAAGGAGGGAGGAGUGGAGGUGGGGGCUUUGAGUAGAAAACGCAAGGCUGAAGGCGACCCUGGGGAUGCUUAA